AUGGUCAAACCUUUAACAUUCAAAGGCGACAAGCCAAAGAAACGCAAGAUCCGCACAACAGAUACCGAGAACCCAACCCCCAAAACGCGCAAAACAAUACCCACCGAAGAAGACCCAAACCCAGAAGACCAAAGCUGGGUCUCCGCCGACGCAGCAAGCGACAUUGCCGGACCAGUAGUCCUAGUCCUACCAUCCGACGACCCAACCUGCAUAGCCAGCGACGCCAAUGGCCAAGUCUUCGCCAGCAAGCUCGAAAACCUAGUUGAAGGCGACCCCAGCACGGCAGAACCACAUGACGUGCGACAGGUUUGGAUUGCGUCUAGGGUUGCCGGAACAGAGGGGUUCAGUUUCAAGGGACAUCAUGGGAAAUACCUAACAUCAGACACGCACGGCCUCCUAAGCGCCACAGCCAGCGCAGUAAGCCACCACGAAAGCUACCUAGCAAUCGCGUCGCCAGAAGUCAGUGGCACAUUCUCCCUCCAGACGCACGGCGGCGACACCGAGACCUUCCUGUGCAUCAAAGAGAACAGCAAAGCCGCGGGCGGGGUGGAAAUCCGGGGCGACGCAAGCGUCAUUUCGUUCGAGACGACGAUGCGCGUGCGCAUGCAAGCGAAGUUCAAGCCGCGAAUUCGCGCGAGCAAGGAGAGCAAGGCAUAUGAGAAGAUUAGUAAGAAGGAGCUUGAGGGGAUUGUGGGGAGGGUGCUUGAUGAGGACGAGGUUAGGAGGCUGAGGAGGGGGCGGAAGGAGGGGAAUUUCCAUGAGGUUUUGCUUGAUGUUAAGGUUAAGGGGAAGCAUGAUAAGUUUGCUUGA